AUGCAAUUGGCCGACGAUGAUGAAAAUAAUGGUGUUCAUAAUACCAACAUCACCACCACCACUACUGCCAACAGCGUACGUAUCGAUAGCGACAAGAGUGCAGAGAACGAUAGCCGAAACAGCAGCAGCAGUAUCGCCGAAGUCGAUGAUACGACUUCACGGUCCCUCGUAAACGAUGGAUGUACGAGCGCUUUGCCGACGAUCAAAGAUGCUGAAUGUAGCAUGAAAAAUUUACCCAAACAAUCGAACAAUGAAACUCGACAAAUACCAAAUGUUCCUCCUCCUCCGUCUACCGAUUUCCCGGUAACUAGACCAUGCACGACUCCUAAACCUACCACUACUACUACUCCUAUCACUGUUCCGACUACAACUCCUUCUACUACUACGACGAUAACGAUGACGACGAUGCGUCCCACUGCGACUACUCAGAAACCAACAACCACGCAAAAACCCGCGACAACGACGAUGAAACCGAUUGCCGAUAAAUCGCCUCUGUUGAUAGAAAAUAUGUCUCCGCUUUUGGGUAGCUAUGGCGAUGCAGCGUAUCCCGACAAGUACUCUUAUCAUGCCACGCUCUUCUUCUCCGACGACAAAAUCACGGGCCUCUUCUGUUUGGGAGCAUUCGUUUUGUACAGAACCAUACUCACCGUUGCGCAUUGCUUCUACAACAAUGCCUACGUACUGUACAAGUAUGUGCAAAUUAGCGACGGAGCGUCCAAUAAAAAUAUUAAAGAUAUUUCUUCGGCAAUUUGA